CAAUAAUCAAACUUUCCUCCCUUGAAAGUUGCUGUAAGCUCUGAGCAUCUAUGGCAAUCAUGGCUCCAUCAUUCACUUCUCUGGUUUUCACAGUGAGAAGGUGUGAACCAGAACUGGUAUCUCCAGCUAAGCCCACUCCUAAUGAAUUUAAACAGCUUUCAGACUUGGAUGAUCGAGACAGCCUUCGAUUCCAAAUCCCAAUUAUACAAUUCUACAAAUAUAAUCCCUCAAUGCAAGGGAGAGAUACAGUGAAGAUCAUUAGAGAAGCACUGUCAAAAACACUUGUAUUCUACUACCCUUUUGCAGGUAGACUUAGGGAAGGGCCUGGUGCAAAGCUUAUGGUAGAAUGUACAGGUGAAGGUGUCAUGUUCAUUGAGGCUGAUGCUGAUGUUUCACUAGACCAGUUUGGACAUGCAAUUCAUCCUCCAUUUCCGUGUAUAGAUGAGCUCCUUUAUGAUGUUCCUGGCUCAGGAGAAAUGCUUAAUUGCCCAUUAUUGCUUAUCCAGGUGACACGACUAAGGUGUGGUGGAUUUAUCUUUGCCCUACGCCUCAACCAUCUUAUGAGUGAUGCUCCCAGCAUAGUUCAAUUCAUGAAUGCCAUGGGUGAGAUGGCACGAGGAGUAUGUGCACCUUCAAUCCCACCUGUGUGGCAAAGGGAACUUCUCAACGCUAGGAACCCGCCACAGGUGACAUGCACACAUCACGAAUUUGAUGAAUUGGUUAAGCCUCAGAGCUUGAUCAUCAACUCUCUUCAUGAACUAGCCUGUUGCUCUUUCUUCUUUGGAUCAACCGAAGUAUGUGCUAUUCGUAAAAGGAUACCUCACCACUUGGGUAAAUAUUCCACAUUUGAGGUACUAACUGCGUUCAUGUGGCGAUGCCGUACCAUAGCACUCUCACCAGACCCAGAAGACCAAGUGCGCUUGAUAUUUAUGAAUAAUGUGCGAGCCAUAUUGAACCCUCCAUUACCAAGAGGGUAUUAUGGCAAUGCAUAUGCAAUCUCACUAGCAGUAACAACAGCUAGGGAGCUUUGUGAGAACCCUUUAGAGUACGCAUUGGAACUAGUUCGAAAGGCAAAAGCUAAUGUCAAUGAUGAGUACAUUCGAUCAUUUAUAGACCUGGUGGUGAGUAAAGGCCGACCUCGUACCACCAUUGUGCAAUCCUUCGUUGUGUCAAACACGGCACGUGUGGGGUUCAGAGACGUAGACUGUGGGUGGGGAAAGGCAAUCUAUGGUGGAGUAGCCAACAUUUUUGAAAGCCCGAGUACUAGUGCUACUUCAUUUUACAUUGAAGCGAUGAAUAGUAAAGGAGAGGAUGGGAUUAUGGUGCCUAUGUGCUUACCAACCCUAGCAAUGGAAAGAUUUGUGCAGGAGCUGAAUAAUAUCUUACAAGACCAAUCAGAUGGCGGUCCGAUGUCCAAAUUUAUAAUUUCUUCCAUGUGA